AUGGCUUCGUUGCGGAGCCCGUCUUCGCCAUCCGACGGGUACACAAGGUUCAGUGACGAAUUCGCAAACAGCAGCGUCAACAAUUACGGCUCAAAUGUUACAAAUUCCCGCACGGAUGGCGGCGGAGGCGACGCGAUGGGCACCCUAGACCUCGGCAGCCGCUCCUCACUGCACACCGGCCUGCAUAUGUCGGAGGAUGAACAUUGGGAGAUGAACUAUCAUGAAGCUGCUAUUUAUCUAGAGGAAGGCCUAAACAAUGAAAAAUUCGACUCUCACCCAUCAAGUCCCGAGGAACUACCGGCGUAUCUUCGAGUACACAACCCUUGGUACCACGGACUGGAUUUACUCGCCUCACUGGUCCUCAUCUUGCUGGCUUUCACUGAAGAUCCUGCUGUACCGGCUUUUGAAUUACCAGUAUGGGCUCACGGCACUAUUGAGCUAGCAGCUCUGGCGGUAAUCGGUGUGGAACUGCACCUUAAGCUUAAAUGGAUCGGCGUGGGCACCAUCCUUAAGCACAAACGGACCAUGUUAAAGGGAAUAACUCUCUUAAUAAUGGUGCUGGAGGCAGUGGUAGUGCUGUGCCGGCAGUCAUCCCAUUUCCGCGUCACGCGAGCGUUGCGGCCUAUCUUUCUCGUCGAUACACGCCACUGUGGCGGCGUCAGACGGUUCAUAAGACAAAUUCUACAGUCCUUACCCCCUAUUGUAGACAUGUUAGGUCUCCUAAUGUUCUUCGUAGUGACAUAUUCUCUACUUGGUUACUAUCUUUUCUCGGAGCACAUAGAUAACGGCCACUUUAAGACUAUUAGCGAUUCGUUUGUUAGCAUGUUCGUCUUACUCACCACUGCCAAUUUCCCAGACGUAAUGAUGCCGUCAUAUGCUAAGUCGAAAUGGUACGCGUUGUUCUUCAUUCUAUACAUCAUCACUGUUCUUUACGUUCUUAUGAAUUUGAUGCUGGCCGUGGUGUACGAGGCGUUCACGCGCAUCGAGCGCGAGAAGUGCCGCGCGCUGCUGCGGCACCGGCGCGCGGCGGCGCGACACGCCUUCCGCCUGCUGGUGUCGCGCCGCGCGCCGCACCACGUGCGCCUGCGCCACUUCCUCGGCCUCAUGCGCCACUACGCGCCGCACUACAGCGGAUUGGAUGUGUACCUCAUGUUCAAGCAGCUGAACCAAUCGGGCACGGGCGGCCUUUCCCGCCAGGAGUUCGCGAACCUGUACGAGGUGUUCGCGCUGCGCUGGGCGCCGCAGCAGGCGCGGGCGCCGUGGUACGCCGACUCCUUCUUGGAGCCGCUGGGUCGGGCGGCCUCUGUCGCCGUGCGGUGGCCGUACUUCGAGUACUUGAUUUAUGCUCUUAUCGUCGGUAACGGAGUAGCCAUGGUCCUGCGCGUGUGCCAAGCUGCUGGAGAUCUGCAGGACAGCGCGAGGCUGCUCUGUGCGUCGUGGGACACUUGGCUGUUUUUAACACUGUUCCUAGUAGAAGCCGGGCUUCGAAUGAUGGCGAGCGGGCUGCACGCGUACCUAGAGAGUGGCUGGAACGUGUUCGAUCUCAGUGUGACACUGCUGGCUUUGAUGGGUGCGGUGCUGCUCAGUAUGGCGCCCAAGCUGUUUAUUGUUGUUAUGUUCAGACCGCUCAGACUAAUGCGUCUUUACAAAUUGAAGAAGCGGUACCGCGAUGUGUUCGGCACUCUGGUUCUGUUGUCACCGCUCAUGUCCUCGGCGGGUUGUGUUAUGCUGGUUAUGUACUAUUUCUUCGCUAUCGUUGGUAUGGAAUUAUUUGCUGAAUACGAUUUGAAGAACUGCUGCGUCAAUACAACAGUGGAGGAUUUCUACAAAUUCUCGGAAAAUGCGUCGACGACACUCGGUUACUACUAUUUAAACAACUUCGAGAACAUUCUGACAAGUGGUGUGACACUGUUCGAGCUUACUGUGGUCAAUAAUUGGUUUAUUCUUAUGAACGCGUAUGCCACAGUCGCAGGGCAGUUUAGCAGAAUUUAUUUCAUGGUAUUCUAUCUAUUUACAAUGGUGGUAUUGACUAUAGUGGUUGCCAGCGUGCUAGAAGCCUUCAGGUUCAGGAUACAGUAUAAGAGAAGCACUACAAAGAGAGACGAGGAGAAAUUAUUACACGAAGAAGUUCAUACGAACUGGGACGAAGCGCAGAGAUUGGGCGUUGGUGGUGACAUGGCUGACGAACUUAGACAAUAUCUGCCACCAGGGGUGGAUGUUACAUUCAUUGGAUCGAGACCGCGUACGAAAGAAGUACUCCAGAGACGGAUGUAUCAGUCUGAAAUACAGAAAUGGCUGGCUGAAGAAGAUGAGAAUGAAGGUAUGCCACCUUCCACAACACUGACUUCAAGUGAGGAUAUGCUACCGCCGCCGCUGAUUCAGCAACCCGACACUGGUAACCACCAGUUGCGUCCAGGGUACCAGUUGUAGAAUUGGCUUAUAGCCGAGCUUGGCGAUCGCGUCGCCGUCCUCUGGGACGCUCUCAAGUCUUUAUGAGUGGUGAGGACGUUUCAAGUGCUUUAUUAAUCAGUACAAUUGUGGAUUUGUCUUUAUGGACAUGCAAAAAUAAUCAAAUUUAAGAACAAAGUGCUAUGUUCGUAGUUUGCGUAUACGGACGUCUUGCCAGUGACUACACACUUAAGUUGAUAGUACAAGGCAUUUUACCAAAUACCGAAACGACAUUAUGAGAUAUAAAGUAAGUCAUAGCUAUAACAAAACAAAUUAAAUAUCUAAGAUUACACUACCGCUUAACUGAGUUGGGUCCUAAGGUAACUGCGCGGUGCGGUAGGGGUGACAGUUUACGUACAAAAACCGACAAAC